UAAAUUUAUAAAAAUUAAAUUCUUGGAUAAAUAAUAAAAGUAAAUCAAAUUGGGUUAGAAAUAAUGACAUCAAACUUGUAAGGAUUGGGUUGGCUUCUGAAUCCAUUUUAAAACACCGGGAAAAAAAAGAUCAAUGGUACAAAAACACAGAAUCAAACCGAUAAACUCUCCCCCUCCUCUUUUUUGUCCUUUCGUUGUGCUCCCCUACCGUAUCUAAACCAAAAUCAAAACCCUGAAAGGAUUCUGUCGGAUCGAUUGCUCAUUCACAAGGAAAUAAAUUGCCCCAAAGAGAAAGCCUAGCUGAUUUGAUUGAUUUCAUUGCUUGAGAGAGGUGGGUGGGGAUUGCAAUGGCAUCAACACUUGUGUUCAUGGCGAUCUUUGCCAUUGAUUUCAUUGCUUUUGUCCUUGCCCUUGCAGCUGAACAUAUGAGAAGUACUGCCAAGGCUGCUACUGACAGUGACUCAAGCUAUAGCUACUGCGUCUACAGCUCAGACAUUGCAACAAAGUUGGGAGCUAUUGCAUUUGUUUUACUUUUGGCAAGUCAAGUUUUCUCAAUGGGUGCUAGCUCCUACUUUCGAAAGGGUAUGAAGUAUGGAGGUAGUAGGACAUCUGCUGUCAUCCCGUCCAUAAUAAGCUGGAUUACAUUCUUCAUUGCUGAGGCAUGCUUACUGGGUGGUGCAAUCAAGAAUGCUCAACACACCAAAUACAGGACCAUAUCAGGCACUGAUGGGCUUCGUUGCCAGACCUUAAGCGCGGGAGUUUUUGAGGCAGGAGCAGCCUUCAUAUUGAUCACCAGCAUAGUUUCCAAGAUGAGCUAUGUCUGCUUUUUCAACUCCGAUGGAGGAUUUGAGACAGGCAGUAGCAGCAGCUGUGAAUUGGGAACCUACACUUCACUUAAUCAAGGUGAUCAACAUGAUUAAACCCUGACUGGUUUAAAUCGUUGAGGAAUGCAGAACACCAAAUAAGAAACUCUAUUAGCAACAUUGAUUCCUGAUAUUGUGCAAUACUAUUAUUGUUCUUAGAAAUUAUAGUCCUUCUGAUUAUUGUAGUCUUUUGUAACUAUAAAUACAUAAUAGAAUGCAGACGACUUCAUUAUAAA